GCCUCGCGACCGGGGAUGGCAAUGGAGGCGGCCGUCGCGAUGCAGACGCGGGCGGUCGGGGUCGUCGGAGGCGGGAGCCGGAGCGGGGCUCUCGGCGUCGGCGGGGAUAGGCGGCCCCGGGCGGGGAGCCUGCGAAUCGGAGGAUCCGCUGGAGGGGCGGCGCUGCGGGCUCGCGGGGCCAAGCCCGUCGCCCCGCUCUGCUGCGUCAAGACAUCCAGAGGUCAGCAGAGCUUGCAUAACUCGGUUGACGAAGCCCUGUUGCUAAAGAGGAAAGCAGAACAGGUUCUGUUCGAAUUGAACGGGCGCUGUAUUUACCUAGUUGGAAUGAUGGGCUCCGGAAAGAGUACGGUGGGCAAGAUAUUAGCCGAAGUGCUGGGUUAUUCAUACUUUGACAGCGAUAGUUUGGUCGAACAGGCAGUUGGCAUGCCUUCUGUUGCUCAAAUAUUCAAGGUUCAUAGUGAAGCAUUCUUCAGAGAUAAUGAGAGCAGCGUCUUGAGAGAUCUGUCCUCAAUGCAGCGGUUAGUUGUUGCUACUGGAGGCGGUGCUGUUAUUCGGCCAGUUAACUGGAGUUACAUGAAGAAAGGUAUGUCUAUCAUGUUGGAUGUGCCUUUGGAUGCACUUGCGAAGCGAAUUGCACAAGUUGGGACUGCUUCUCGCCCCCUUCUAGAUCAACCAUCUGCUGAUCCAUACACAGCGGCUUUCGCGAAACUUAGCCUGCUCGCGGAGCAAAGAGGGGAUGCUUAUGCUAAUGCCGAUGUAAGGGUUUCACUAGAAGAGAUUGCAGCUAAACAGGGUCAUGGAGAUGUCUCUCAGCUAACCCCAACUGAUAUCGCGAUUGAGGCCCUACAGAAGAUUCAGAAUUUUGUCAAUGAGCACUCCAUGGCCAGUGGCCCAUUUGAAGACUUAUAAGUUGAUCACAAAGAUACGAAGGAUACAAGCCCUGUAGAUUUUGGCCCCCAUUUUUUCUUGUACUCUGUAUGUUUAUUCUUUUAUACCUCAACAUUAUUCAUUUAUUCUUUGUACCCAAAGAGGAGAUGGGCUUGCGCAUGCUCAGAAAUAAAUAAGAGAAUAGCCGAUGGUGCUAAUGUGACAGUUCCACAGUUCGGAAUGAUCAUUGCAGUUACAUAUUUCACUC